CCCAAGCCAUUGUCUGUCACGCCCGUGCAGGCAGCCUCUGGAGCCAGAGCCUGCAUGCCUGCUAGCACUGUGGCCUGCGGCGGUCCAUGUGAUGGCCAUGCUUGCGGUACCCAGCUGGGUGGAAGGCCUGUCCGGCGGCAGCGCCAGUAAGAAGGCUGCGUCUCCUGCGCCGGGAGAGCUGCCAGCGGCCACCGCGGAGGGCCAGCCUGGGGCGUCGGCGGCGGGCCUGGGCGGCGGCGCUGCGGCGGAGCUGCGGGCGCUGGGCAGCGGGGAGGCGCAGCUGCGCGCGCUGGCCUCGAACCCGGACUUCUUCGUCGACGAGGGCCAGCUGUUCGAGCUGCUGGCCGCCGCGCACCAGCAGGUGGCCGACCUCGAGCGGUCUCCGCCCCACGACGCGCGGGGCCUGAGCGAGGCGCAGCAGCUCGCCCGGGGCGCGCUCGGCCUCUGCGCCGCGUGGCUGCGCCUGGCGGCGGCGGGCGGCCUCGUGGAGAGCCUCGAGGGCCUGCGCGGGCCGGCCGCGGCGGAGAUGGCCUUCGCCACGGCGGCCGCGGCCGUGUGCUCCGAGACGGGCCUCGGGCCCGCCAUGCUGGUGGCCUUCAACGAGCUGGGCGGGGUCGGCCUCAUGGGCUCCGCGCUGCAGGGCGUCGACGAGUCCGCGCUGGCGAGCUGCACGCGCCGCCUCCGCAGCGUCACCCUGCGCUGCUGCGCGCAGGCGCGGCGAGAGGGCAGCGCCGCGUCCGAGGCGCUGGCCGCGGGCGUCGAGGGCUUCCGGGCGGGGCUCUUCGCGCGCUUCCGCGAGCUGGCAGGGAGGCCCGGCCGCCGGAUGCGCACCUCCCAGUUCCGGGAGCUCGUGGCGGACCUGUGCGCAGUGCUCGGGGGCGUCUACGGCGGCACGCAGGCGUUCGAGAUGGGCUGCCUCCUGUCCUUGCAGCUCUCCAUGGAGCUGUCGGCCUCCUGCGAGGGCGUCCCUGGCGGAGACGCCUCGGAGGCCGUCGAGUGGAUGGCGUCGGUGAUGCGCGCCCUGCUGGACCAGGGGUCCACGUCGGGCGCGCUCGCCUCUCCGGUCGCCGUGCGGGAGUGGGUGGAAGACAGCGGCCUCUGGAACGCAUUGCUCUGGCGCGCUGGCUGCGAGACGCAGCAGCACGCCCACCACGUCAUGAGCGUACUGCUCACGCGGCACGCGGCCACGGCCGACGACCUGGUGGGCCAGCUAGCGCUGCUCGGGGCGCUGUCCCGGUCGCCGGUCCCGCCGCCGAGCCGCUUGUCGAUGCAGGGUGCCCUGUUGUCGGCCGCGUCGUCCGCCGGCGUCGAGGCCACCCUGGACCUCAUCGCAGGCCUGUGCAACGCCCUGGGCUUCCAGCACCUCGCCGAGGAGGGCAUCGAUCUCCUCGCGCGCGCGACGCAGCGGGCGCUGGCCGCCGGCUACGACCCCGGCGGCCACGGGGGUGCCGCGGCCGAGGCCCGGGGGCUGCCGAGGUCCCUGGCGCUGUCCUACCUGGUGCACUUCAUGCAGUGGGCCUGCCGGUCAGACGACCCGCCGGAAGGCCCACUCGCGCAUGCCCGCAGCACCAUCCUGCACACCCUGGCGCUGCACCCCGCCCUGGCGCCGCUGCUGCCGGCCGCCGCCGCCGAGGCUCUGCAGCUGGCCGCCGCGCCGCCCGCGGGCUGCCACAGGGAGGGCAUGGAGGGCUGCGUGCGCGCCCUGUGCGCGCUGUCCGUGGACCUGGCCAGUGCUGGUGCUUCGGCUGCCUGUGCCGGUCCGGAGGGCGCGGCCAAAGCCAGCGCCGCCGCCGUGGCGGCGCUGUGCGGCGCGCUGCCCGCGGUGGGUGCCGAGGCGCCCUUCGGCGCGCCCAGUGCGCAGGUCUGGGUCGCUGCCCUGGUCGGCGCGCUGGCGUGCCACCUCCGCGUGCCCGGCGCGCAGAUUGCCACGCCGCAGGUGGGCAGCCUCUGGUCGCGGAUGAUCGUGCGCCCCGUCUUCGGGGUGCCCCUGCCGGCCUCGUCGAUGCAGUACUUCAAGCUGGCCUUCCUGGCGCAGCCCCUGGCCCGCUCGGCCCUGCUGGCCCCGCUGGCGGCGGCGCCGAGCCCGCCGCCGGAGCUGAGCCUGGCCUACGCCUCCAUCUUCUGCCCCGCCUCGUUCGACGACGACCUGCCGCCCCUGUCCGUGGAGUUCUUCUUCCCCGAGAGGCGCGCCCCCCGGCCGCAGGGCGCCGGCGGGGCCGACGCCGCGACGGGCGGCGGGCACGACCCCGACCGCGCGGCGAGGGCGCUGCAGUUCGGGGACUCCCCGCCCAGGCUGCCUCAGCCGCUGCGCCGCUCCAUCAGCUCCACGGCGGACUUCCCCGAGCUGGACCUGCUCGUGGAGGGCCAGUGCGACGAGGCCGCCCUGGCCGCGGCCGCGGCGGCGGUGGGCGUGGUCCUGCCGUCCGCUUCGACGGCAGCGCCGCGGCUGCGCCUCGACAGGGUGCGGGCCGUGAUGAGCGAGCAGAGCGCCCCCCUCUUCAACGAACUCACCGUCUACGAGGCCAUCGAGCGCCGGCUCUGGGACGAGUUCGAUGAGCGAGGUCGCGUAGAGGACCCAGACGCGACUCGGCAGCGGGACGCCGCCGCGGCGCGCUGCCUGGUGGCGCUGGACCGAGAGAUCGACACCGCCGGGUUUGCAGGCCGGGAGUUGGCGCCGCCGCUCACCGAGGCGCGGGCCAAGUUCUCGUCGCUGUGCGAGCUGAUCGCCGGCGGCGCCGCCGAGGGCACCGCACGGACGCUGCGUGAGUGCGAGGAGGCCUUCGCGAAAGCCGAGGACAGGUACCUCGCCGCCGGCGUGGUGCACAAGCGCCUCGCGGCGCGGUGCCGGCGCAGAGGCGAGCCGCCCCCGCCGUGCAUGGAGCUGACCCUGGCGAAGCAGGGCCUGGCGCGCGCUCACGCGGCGCUGAUCGCCGAGCUGCGCCACCUGGCCGCGCGGGCCCAGCUCGGCCUGGUGGAGGUCGUGGGCCUCGACGGCCUGGCCCGCUCGCUGCGCGCCGUCGGCGGCAGCCACGCCGACCCGCUCCUCGAGAGCCUGCAGCGGCACUCCAGGUGGUCGAGCGCGCAGGGGGAAGCGGACUGCCAGGUGGAGGACGUCCCCGACGCGACUCGCGCUGCGGCCCAGGACGCCGCGCUGCCGCGGAGGGAGCGCGCCCCGACGGACGCGCAGCUCGCCCGCCCACAUGGCCUGGCCACGUACGACGGCACCCGCGAGCUUCUGCGCGGCAGGACGAAGAUCUUCGCUGCGCGGCGCGACGGCACGCCAGUGGCGCUGAAGGUGUACACCGACGCCGACGCCGAGGCGUACCAGGCGGAGCUGGCCGCUCUCAAGGAGCUCUACGGGCCAGGCGUCGUGCCGCUGCAGGGGGCGUUCCAGAGCGAGAGCGGGUCGCUCCUCUACCUGGAGCUGGGCUGGUGCGCCGGCGGCACCCUGCAGGGCUGGUGCGAGCAGCACCGCGGCGCCGUGGACGCCGAGGACCCCGAGGCCUUCGUGCUGGGCCUCGGGCUCUUCCGGCAGGUCUGGCAGGCUCUGGACUACGUCCACCUCCGCGGCGCCGCGCACGGCAACGUCGCCCUGGCCAGUGUGCUGCUCACCGUGGACCACCGCCCGGUCCUGGCGGGCUUCUCGCGCUGCGCCAUCGGUGGCAGCCUGAGCAGUGCGGCGCGCGCGUGGCCGCCGGAGGCGGACUACGCGGCCCCGGAGGUGCAGCUGCCCGACGAGAGCGGGGAGCUGCCGCUGCCCACCCAGCCCGCGGACGUGUACGCGGCCGGGGUGAUGAUGGCGAAGGCGUUCCUCGGCCUCCAGGUCCAGGUCUCCGCGUGCCCCGUCCAUCCGACCACGGGCCUGCGCAGGCUCCCCGACGGGCGCACGGACGCGGACCUGGCGGACCUCAUCCAGCUGGCCGUCGCGCAGGCGCCCCAGGCACGGCCCACCGCGGCUGCGGCCGCGGCACAUCGCGCGCUCGAGCCGGCCUCCUUCCUGCGGCGCCGGGGGAUGCUGGGCACCGGCGCCCGCGGCCGCACGGCCGCGGAGUCGCUUCUGAGCGCGGCGGAGCAGCUGCGCGAAGACUACCGCGGGCGCCGCGUCGACGACCCGCUCCUGUUCUCGCGCGACGCGGUGUUCGAGGCUAUCUCCAGCUCCCGCGUGGGCGAGUGGGGAGAGGAGGCGCUGCUCGGCGAGUGGCGAGUCAUGCUCAACAAUGAGAGCGGAGUGGAUGGUGGUGGUCUCAGGCGAGAGGUGGUCUCGCUGUUCUUCGAGCAGCUUGAGCAGAGUGGCCUGGUGCAGCAUGUAUGCGCCGAGGGCGCACCACCAACGUUGUUCAUUGCGGACCGGCAGGCUUCCGGCAAGAGCGUGCAGCAGUGGAGGCAGACGUGGGCGGCCGUUGGUGCUAUGAUCCUGCGCUCCAUUUCGCAUUUCGGCAAUGCGCCCGCGGCUUUCAGCAGCGCCGUCUUCGACUGCGCCCUAGGCAGAAUAGGCAAGCUGCCGCCAGAUGACUCCACCGAUGGCGCAGACGACCAGGACGGCCUCGUGAAGCGGCUCGCCCAGCUCCGCGAGGCGCGGGGCGACGAAUGGGCGCGCAGCGAGCUGCUCGACCUGCUGCGCAGGCUGCGGCAGGCGGACGCUCAGAAGGAGGCCUCCUACCGCUGGAUGCUGGCCCAGCGCGCCCCGAGCCCGGGCCGCCCGGCCGGCAGCGGCAGUCCUGCAGAGCAGUGCACGAUCCCUCUGCACGUGCUGGAGACGAUGAGCGCCAUGCUGGAGCCGCCGACCUACCAGUUCCUCUUCUGCCACAGCCGGAUCGGCGCCGACGGCACCGCAGCACAUGCAGGCGCGGUGCUCGAGUGGGCGCUCCUGUGGGACAUCUACCUGAGGUACCUGGGCUCGGGGGACCGCUGGCUCGCCUACGAGGCCCUGCUCGACGGCCUCACGGCGAGGGGCAACCGCCGGGACAUGUGGGCCUGCGCCACCGGCGCCCAGAUCGUCGAAGUGCUCGAGGGCGCCGCGCUGUCGCCCGACGUCGUGGUGGCCAAUCUCGAGUUCAAGCCAAGCUACGGCUACGACCAGCAGAUCCAGGGCUUCCGCCGCGUCAUCGAAGGCUUCUCGCCAGAUGAGCUCUCCAUGUUUCUGCGCUUCGCCACGGGCAUCGGUAAGCUUCCCGCGAGCAAGAAGUUCCCGGCGGGGCAGAAGCUCACCAUCCGCUUCAUGCCAGAGCGCCUGGACCACCUGCCCUCUGCCCACACUUGCUUCUGGGUCGUGGACUUGCCGCCGUACGAGGACGUGGGCGAGAUGGCCGCGAAGCUGCGCCAGGCCAUCGCGGCGCCCCAGCCGUUCGCGAUGAGCUGAUGCGCCCCCCCUCCCCCCAGGGAGAGAUGAGAUGAAUUGAAAUGAGUGUGCUGCGGUGGGGGAAG